AUGGAAAGUGCUCAAGAAUUUAAUACUGGCAUUGGCGAAGAAGCCGAUAAGGAUAACGAACGCGACAAGUAUCUGCGCUUGACAAAGGCAGCCGAGGUCAGAGUUGUCAGGAACUGGAAAGACUUGGUCUAUCCUCCAGACAUCGAAGCUUUCAAGGCGCAUGCUGUCAAUGUCGAGCUAGAUGCCAACCUGUCAAUCGAGCCGGACGAGCUUGGAGUUGUCAAUAUGGGCACUGGCCAUGAGNNGGUUGGACAAGGUGCUGUGCACCAAACUUGA